AUGGGUCGCGCACUCGAGCCUGAGCCUGUCCGCGGGCUGCACAUCCACAAUCCCCCAGCGGAAGACGGUGAUAACGUGCGUCCCAAUGCCGCCUCGAGCGAUCCGGAGAAGGGCACUAGUGCGGCGCCCCUGGGACGUACCCGGGGCCGUCCACGCGACGCAGGAACACUCCCGAACCUAGCGCCGUCAGCGGAAGACUCGAAUACGGUGCUGCUCCGGCUCCCAGUAGGGCUGGCGCAGCGCCUCCUCGCGACGAUGUCGGGGAGGAAUCCGCGCGCAGGGGGUGGGGAAUGGGGCGGGUCUGAGGACGGGCGGGACCCGGAGCCUCUGCCUGCGUACGAGCCGCGGGCGAAUCCAUGA